GGCGGGCACAGGGCACUGGCGCCGGCGCUUCUGCGCUCGAGACUCGAGCCUGUGCUGUGAGCUGCACUGACAGUACCACGCUGGCCAUGCCGCCCAAGGGCAAGAAGUGUCCGGCGGGGGGCGCCAAGAAGCAGGCUGCGCACAGCAGGGAGGCGAAGAAGCAGAAGGACGGAGCCGACCACCCUAACCUCCAGUCGCGCCCCAGGGAGUGCGACACGUGUGGGCAGAACACGCGCGGGUUUGAUCAGCAUUGCGCGCCUGGGACCUACCUCUAUUGGCCCAAGGCGGAGGUCUGCGCCACGACUAAGAUCAAGACGCCCAUGGGGACGGAGUGCGGCCACUGCUUGCACGCGCGGCAGAAGUGCUACGCCAAGGGCACCACUGCCCAACAUAUCAUCCAGAAGAGGAAAGAUCCAGAUGAGAACGCUCGACACGAGAGGUUGCGCGAGGAUCGCGCAUCAGGGAGGAACGAGUGCCAGAUGACCGACGCGGUGAACGCGAAGGUCCAGACGGUCCAAGAGAAGAAGGACUUCUCGGAGGCCUUUGUCGAGGGCGAGUUCUGUGAGCUGAGGGACUUCUGCAGAGACCGAAACUUGCAGUUCUCGUCCCAGGAGGAGGCCGUGCACUACAUCAACGAAAGGCUAGGCUUCGAGACUGGGAUGGGCGAGACAAACGAGUUCGGCGUCUUCGUAGUUGAGAAACGACCAGGAGCUAGGUACAAGUUUCGCAAGGGACUCGCGAGGAGCUCUGGGGUCAUUCGUAAGGAGAGUCACGACGACCUGCAGUCAGCCGUCGACCAGGGUUUGGAGGACAGCGCGGACAUGCGGAGCAAGGAGGGCGUCCACGACGUCACGUCUGCUGCCGAGCACGACGCGGAGGAGGGCACCCUCUCAACCGACAACGGCAUUGCCCCGAUGAUUGCGCCGCCGCCUCAGGCAUCACGUGGUGGCUCGCAGUCGCAGUGCCAGUCGCAGGAUCUCUCCAUCUUGCCCUCCUCCGCUUCGGGCGCUGGUUCUGAUCGCAGCGAAGCAAGUGACAACUUCGACGUCCAGUCCAUCAGCAGCGGCGGCGGCGCCUCGCGCAAGAGGCCUUUCGGCAUGACGGCCAGCGCCUUCGGCGAGAGCGCGGGCGAGGCGCCUGGGUCUCCUCGGAGUGGACAUGGCACACCGACGCCGCCCGCCAGGAAUGCCAAGGAUGCCGAGGACGCGCCGAGCUCGAGGAAGACGCAGAGGGGGCCUCCAGAGACGUUGGUGGAGUCAGGCAAGGCCGUCCUCGACGAUGUCGAGACCACGUGGAGGGUGGCGAACCUGUGGAGCAAGCGGUACAGGCAGCGCGACUUCGAGAACUUGCUCACGAGGUUGACCGCCAAGGCGAACACGGUCGGGAGUUCGAUGAUCGACGAGUCGGCAGAAGAUUCGGACCAGUUGUUCAGGACUGGAGUGCGACUUGAGGAGACGAGAGAUUGCUUCGAGAAGCUGAAGACGCCCCCAGAGGUGGCCAUAUCGACGGAGGUCCCCAAAGUUCUAGUGGACGUCCUGAAGCAAGCCGACGUCCCCCUGAAGUCUAACAUGGCCUCCACAAUUUGCUGCGCUCUGCUAGGGCAGACGGGCCCCGCCCCCCGCGCGCUGGCCCUGAAGAUGGCGACGUUCGGAAGCACCGGCAUCGGCGACGACGACGAGUUCCUUGCGAAUUGCCAGCAUAAUCACAUUCAAUCAUUCGCCGAUAAAGCCCUGAAGCGAAUAUCCAAGGGGGAGUUUUCGGCGCUCAUGGCCGCGUGCGACGGGAUCAUCGGCGAAUGUGACAUCAACGCCCUGGACAUCGACAGCGCCAAGAUAGACCCUUCCACGGGAUGGUUGCCUCUUGUCAUUGCCGACCUGAAUGCCGUGCGAUUUUUCGGGAAGGUGCUGGCCGUCGAUGCGAGGGAGAAGUUGCCUCGGGACUUGCGGGUCGAGGCGCUGAGGGUGCACGCGAACAAAGAGAAGCUGAGCAAUCGACUGCGUUGUCUCAUCAGGGUUGGGGCUGGGAGUACCAACUGGGCUCGCGCAGCGUGGGAACAAACGCCCUUCGCUGAAUUCGCUGGCACAUCGGAAGGUGUUGCUCUCGACUCCACCGCCCAACAGAUGAUGGUCACGAUUUGCGCCGAGAUCAAGACGUUCCUCAGCGGGGACAAUGGGGCCUCAGUCGAGAAGUUAUUCGAGGUAGUCAGCAGGACCGUCAUGGAUAUUGAUGGCAGGCUUAAGGAGAUCGACACUUUUGCUAAAUACAUGGGCAGCUUCGACGAUGAGAAGGCCUCUCAGGAAUCAUCCACCCUCAUCUCUUUGAAGAACGAGCUUUUGGAAGCGCUUGGCAAUGCAAUGACGGAGAUCCUGGCCUACUACGACCGCUUUUCGGACAAUCUCGAGAACGUCUAUGCCGCGUCCGCUUGUUGCGCGGGGGACACCAGCGGGACGGCAUCGGGCGCCGACUGUUUCAGGCUCUUCUCCGAGAUUGCGAAGAGAAUCCUAAAGUUCGAGAUCGGGGUUCCCGAGAGGGCGGUAGUCCAGGAGGCGAAGCUUCGGGCCGAGCUAGUCGUCGACGCAAACGAGACGAAGAUGCGAUCUUCGAGCAAGCCCAUGGAGAGCGCGAUAUCUAUGUGGAGCGACCUCUGGUUGCGAGAAGGUGCCAUUGCAUGCGCGCCGCAACUCGCCGACAUGAGCAGCUGGGCGGCAGGCUUCGAGUCAUUCAACGCGUCCAUCUCGACAUGCCCGAUCAGCACUCCGAUCAUGAGCCUUGUCAAGCAGGUGGCAGCGUCCGAGAACUGCUGCAUGGUGACUCCGAAGUUCCUCCAGACGGCAACCGAUCGGAGUGGGGCCAUGCCUCCUGGCAUUGGACCUCUCGUCGGGUCGAUGCAGGCCUACUUCCAGGUCAAGAAGGUCAUGGAGUCCAAGCUGUCUGGCAAGGUGGUCGGCACCGUCCAGUUGACAAACGACUUGACGUCCUACUCCAGCAUGGCGGAGCCAGUCUCGUCUAAGGGCGAGCUGGCCGAGUGGAAGGUGCAACUGAUCGCCGAGUGGUCAGAUACGUUCAACAACGCGGUGGAGAGUGUGAACACGGCCCCCUUGGAUGCGUUCCUUUUGAAAUACGGCGAGGGCGGAGAGAAGAUCAUGUCGAUCAUAUCGUCUUGGAGCUUCGGUGCAGAGGGCGACGGCGAGAAGAAACUGUGGUUGAGCCCGAGCCAGAAAGACCCAGUGAGGGACGCAGAGAUGAAGAGUGUUGCCGCGUUCGUGCAGAACGUGCCCCAUGCCGGGCGCAUCUUCGGUGAGCCGCAGAGCUCCCGCACGUCCCUCUACUGGCUGAACGAUGACCAGCUGAAGACGCUGGACCAGGUCAUAGCGAGCAUGGAUCGGAUCAGAACGGUUGCGAAGGAGAGCGCACUCCUGGCGGGCGCCAUCGUGCUCGCCAACUCCACCCUGACGGGCGACGGCAAGCUAGAGUCGAAGAAGUUCGUCUUCGAGAGGCUGGGGGUGCAGAAGAGCGACUUGCCCCAGAAGCUGGGCGAGGCGAUGGGCAUCGCCCAGGCCGCCGAGUGCGGCGACGCAGCUGUCGCCAGCGCGACAGGGGCGCCUGCCAGUGAGCAGACCAAGGCCAAGAAGGCGCCUGCCAAGCCUCUGGCCUUGGCGCCCCCAUUGAAGAAAUGUACAGCAGAGCCGAAGUAG